UGACAUCUACAGUUCAUUAUUCAUAAAUGGAGUUCGGGGCGAAGCGUUUUCUUGCUUUUUUUACUGCAGAAACGUAUUCUCUUGAGGCGGGGAGGACUGGGUAUAUGAGCAAACGGGCAAAUGCCCGGUGGGCCGGUACCAAAUGGGCCGGUCUGGUCGCGACCAAAGAAAAAAAAAUUUCUUCAAUGCAGACCACUUUUUUUUUAAAGUGACAGCAUCGAGACACAGAUGCCCGAACACGUUUUCUUUUCUUUUUUUUUAAUUUAUUUAUUACACUUAAUUUUGUUUGAAAUUCAACAAGAAUAUCAAAAAAAUCUACACUAAACACUGUAUCCUACGUAUUAUCAUUUGCAAAACGUUAGACCGUACUUUUUGCUAUGCACGAGCGGCAUGAACUUCAACAAUGCUUUGAUGUCUUCGAGGUUGUGUUUGGCUUAUCAUUUUGCUGUUCGGCAUGGACGUUUGAUGGCACUCUCUUUUGUUUUUGCUCCUUCCCUUCUCCGCCUUUUGAUGGUUCCAUUGUCAGUUAACGAAAAAGAGGGAUGAGAGAGGUUAAUUAAGUUACAAAACAUUGAUAUAACGCAGAAAAAAAUUGGGGCGACAAUUAAGCUCUUUAACGGAUACAAUGGAUACCAGCACAUAUAGAACUAGAAGAAAAUGAGAAGGCUGACACACUCGCUAAGAGUGGGAGAACAAAUUCACAAUUAAAUUGCACUCUAUUCAUUAGAAAUGAAGAAACUAAUUGUAAAUAAAAUAAAUGAGAAAUGGACAAGCUCUCAUCCGAAUCACAAGAAAGAUGAUGCCUAUUAUAAGCUAUCCUGACAAGAUCAACUCUAAUCUUACGACUCAGGACCGGACACAGCAGAAUGAGACAUGUCCUUCAACACUAUUCUCUUUACCAUGAGACCUGUACAAGACACUGGCCUCAAAGCACCUCAAUAGAAAGAAAACUAUAUGGAGAGCUCCCUGAUUUGGAAACCACUGCGCAGUUCAUCUCGUAUAUUGGUUUAGUCAUCUGAACGUUCCAACAUAAAAAUGAGAACGAGGAAGAAGAAGCUCUUCAACAAUUAACACACACAGCCACGAAAUUGCAAGCCACCCAACUUAUUCACAGCUCAAUAUGAGAUUUGUACAGAAAAAGUAAAGAAUGCUACAAGUUGUUUGACGUCUACUUCAUUCAUUGAACUUCAUAGUAACAAAAGACCUCACCUCAUCUGCAGGAAAUCAGAAUAGUUCGUUUUUUUUUGAUGAAUGAGUCAACACACUGAGAUUCCCACUAAGAAGCUUUUUAAAAUUAGAGAAACAUUGUCACGUGACAAUUAUUUUUUACAAAUAACAUUUUUCCACAUUUCUGUGAGCUGACAUCAUGUGCAGUGAGGCCAAUGUCACCAAUGGCAUUAAAACUGACAAAACCGUAGAUUCUGAAGACGCUAAUGACACAGUAGAGGGCAAUAAAGAUGAGAGCAAUGACACUGACACAAGUGGAACACCAGGGAUGGACAGGCAACCCAUUCCAAUGAAACAUCCAAAAGUAAAGCAACAAAAUUCUGGAGAGAAAAAGAAAAGAAAGAAAAGGAAGAAAAAGAAAUCCAAUUCUAUCACCAUUGAGAAUGAAGCAUCACAGACCAGCAGAGAUGGCUCAGCACCUAAAGAAGUCUUGAAAAGUUCAGCACCUAAAGAAGUCUUGAAAAGUUCAGCACCUAAAGAAGUCUUGAAAAGUUCAGCACCUAAAGAAGUCUUGAAAAGUUCAGCACCUAAAGAAGUCUUGAAAAGUUCAGCACCUAAAGAAGUCUUGAAAAGUUCAGUCAUCAAGGAAAAGAUGAACCUUCAGUGCCAAGACAAACAAUUUGAGAAGUUUGAACAGAGAAGUGAAAUCAAAACCGAUUUAAACGAAAAUUGUGAGAUCCCUUUCACUACGUGUGAACACAAUGUUGAAGGAACGGAUCAAAUAAACAGUUUCAUUACGGAUCAAAUAGGAACAACGAUUAUUUGUCAUGUUGAGACAGCUGAAAGUGAGAUCUCAAUAGAAAGAACUGCUUCUCAAAUAGAUGCUUUAGAAGAAUUCAGUUGUCUUGAAAGUAGAGAAAACGAUAACCUACUGAAACAUAUACAUAGGGAUGAUCUUAACGAUAAACAACUAUUGACGAAUGGAAAGGAAGUAAGCGAUAAACAGCAAUCUACAAACGACAAUGAAAUAAAUGAUAAACUACAACAAUCUACGAAUGAGUAUGAAGCUUACUAUAAACUACAACAAUCUACUAAUGGGGAUGAAGUCAAUGAUAAGGUACAGCAGUCUACUAACGGGGAUGAAGUCAAUGAUAAGGUACAGCAGUCUACUAAUGGGGAUGAAGUCAAUGAUAAGGUACAGCAGUCUACUAAUGGGGAUGAAGUCAAUGAUAAGGUACAGCAGUCUACUAAUGGGGAUGAAGUCAAUGAUAAGGUACAGCAGUCUACUAACGGGGAUGAAGUCAAUGAUAAGGUACAGCAGUCUACUAACGGGGAUGAAGUCAAUGAUAAGGUACAGCAGUCUACUAAUGGGGAUGAAGUCAAUGAUAAGGUACAGCAGUCUACUAAUGGGGAUGAAGUCAAUGAUAAGGUACAGCAGUCUACUAAUGGGGAUGAAUUCAAUGAUAAGGUACAGCAGUCUACUAAUGGGGAUGAAGUCAAUGAUAAGGUACAGCAGUCUACUAAUGGGGAUGAAGUCAAUGAUAAGGUACAGCAGUCUACUAAUGGGGAUGAAUUCAAUGAUAAGGUACAGCAGUCUACUAAUGGGGAUGAAGUCAAUGAUAAGGUACAGCAGUCUACUAAUGGGGAUGAAGUCAAUGAUAAGGUACAGCAGUCUACUAAUGGGGAUGAAGUAAACAAUACACUUCAACAAAUGAUGAAUGCUGAUCAGCUACGGCACGCUAUACAUCGCGAUAAAAUCAACGUGAAAGUAAAUGUGACAUCUACCAGUAAUUAUUUUGAUGGACAUGGUAACCAAGAGGAAACUACGACUCUUAAGAAUGGUGUUCAUAGCAAUGCUCUUCAAUCCCCGACUACAAAUAUUGAUGAAAGAAAUGGAAAGCAAUGGAAGGCUGCUCACAAUGUUGAGGAGAAAAAGAAAAAAGGUAAACCAUUCAAUGAGUUGGCAGAAAGGUGGCAUAUCAUGCACCCGCAUACUUUGAUAUUGGAUGAAAGUAGACAGAGGCUGACUGAGAUGUAUCUCCUCAGACAAGUCAUGGACAAUGAAGUCCCUGCUAACACCAACAUGGACAGGGAGAAGAUGCCUAAUACUUGCAACAGCGUUACAUUGAUAAAGGGAGAUAAAACUGUCAAUGACAACAGUGAAUUACACAAAUGUAAUGAUCUCAUCGAUACGGACGACAAUGUAACUUGUAAGUGUGAUCAAAUUCAAGAAGAGAAAUCUGUUUCACAUAACUCUAAUACUACUGUAGUGGAUAAUGACUUGAAUGCUGAUCCAGUUUUUGGAGAGAAACAAAAUAAGGAUAGCGAUGAAGCUGAGGAAAAGAGCAAUGUUGGCAGCUCUCUAGCCGAAGAUUCUCAGAGGACAACGCACAUGCAAGUGGAUAGCAUUUUAAUCAGUCCUACCAGAGCGUCAUCUCAACAUACAAAGGGUCCAGGAAACAGUAUGUCAGAGAGUCAGCUGCUGGUACAGCUUCAAGAACAACACAUAGCCAUGACAAAGCUUCAGGCUUAUGCCCAAGAGCAGAAAGUGGAAUCUAACUUGCUGACCACAGCACUGAGGAGAAAGCUGAGACAGAAGGAGACCAAACUGAAAUCUGUACAAGCACAGUAUGAGCAACAGAUGAUGUCUGUUCUCUCGAGACUGCUAUUUCUUGAAGGUCACCUACAAAGAGAACAUAAGCAGAUGUCAGAGAUCCUACAGGAAAAAGAUGACAUCAUCAGAAGGCAGAAGGCUGCAAUUACAGAUCUUACAGAGAAAAAUGAUGGCCUACUAAAAGCUCUGAAAGAGAGUCAUGGUUACUCUGAGGACAAUGGACUUAUCAAACUUGAAAACAUUGUUGUUAAUCAAAAUGGUUCUAUUCCCAUUCAGGACCAUGGCAACAAGGUCAUCUUAAGAGCACCUAAAUCAAAAAAUGGUGAGAAGACUCCAAGUAAAGUUCGUUUCAGUGCUAUGAAAGAAAGACUCAGAAGGCACAAAAGUAGUUUGGAGCUUUACCAUGGGGACAGACUGGAGACACUAGAUGAAGGCGGAUUAAGAUAUGGCAGUCAAGAAAACCUUGUCACCAAAAAUGAUGUCAGAAAUUUUGAUCGUAAAGAGAGAUGCAGAAGUUUAGUGGACUAUCCCUAUGGACUCCGGGAUGUUGAUGAACAUCAUAAUGAAAGUCCUGACAGUUGUUUUGGUGACUCCACUGAGGGCUUUCCAAAUGAUUCCAAGAACUCUUCUUCUUCUUCAUUAGUCAAUAUCUCAGAGAGGUUAGCUACCAUGAGUGGUAAGCCAUCAUCAAAGUCAAUGCCUUCUUAUGGGUUUAAUGAAUUAUCAAAGUCUCGGUCAGUGCCCCAUGCCUUGCCAACAGUUGCAGAAAAUGAUACUGGGAAUACAAAUUUAAAAGAACGCCCUCUCUCACUGCCCAGUGUAGAGCUGUUAGUUAAGGAUGUUCCACCAAGCAGCAAUAGCAGCUCCACAACAAGCUUAAACAAUGUCGGCCAGCCAGCACCCAGUCCAAGCAAUGCUUCCCCACCUUCAGAAUCAAACCCAUUUAAAUCAUUUAAGAAUGUCUUCAAACGCCGUGGCAGUAAAAAGAAAAAAUCUCCCAUUGCAGAGAAUCAAGAAUCCAAUUCUGAGGCCUUAAAACAACAUUUUAAGAAAUUUAAUUUAUCUUAAAGUUUUCCAUACGUUUUAUUAGGGUUCAAAAAAUGACAACUUUAUAUUUAGGAAAGAAAAUACUGAAAAUCAAAGUUGAAGUUCUUGUAUGUAAAAGACAAAUAAAGCAGCUUGACUACUUGAAAUAAAUAAAUAUAAAUAUGACAUGUCUAGAUAAAAGUUUACCUUCUCUUCUGUUGGAAUUCAAAAUGUCCUGAAAAAAAAAAGACAGUUUUUUAAACAAGUUUUUUCAGGAAAACUCAAAAUGUUUCUACAGAAAAUAUUUGUGUGCUAUAUUUUGUAUACAGCAUCUCUGUGUGUUUUGACAUGUUUCAGAGCAAAUGUACAUGUAACUUAUCCCCUGCUAUCACUGGUCUCUAACAGGUUCACAUUGCUUGCAUAUGAUUUAACAGUAUUGCUUGCAUCUUUGGAUGCUUAGAAUUGAAUAUCAGUGGUGUUCAACAAAAUUUUUACAGAGCACAAUCUAAUCUGACGUGAAUGGUGCAGUAACCAUAAUGCAAUGCUAUUUAAUAUUUGUGUAGUUUUAAUACUUGAUGCAGAUCAAUAUAAACAAUGCCAGAGAAUCUCUUUGAAAUCUAUGCAAAGUCUGUCUGAAUGUAUCUCUUACAUUUUGUUGGCUGAAUGUGCCAACAACUCUUCACUCACUUCAAAUCUUUCUGAAGCCAUGCUUUUCACUUACAUCAUGUUGACCCAAUUUUUUAGUAGAUUUAAACAGGAAUAUGAAUACUUGACUUUGUCUCAUGGUUUCUGAAUAGGGCUAUUGAGUAGAUUUGUUGGCUAUUUUUUUACUACCAUGAUGUCAGUAAGAUAUAUCAUCUAAGUUCAAUGGGUUUAUUUAUUGAGAAUAUCUACUGCUUUGUGGACACUCCAGGAGUAGACUUCCAAUAGAAUUAACACAUUGUGUAAAUAGCUUCAUUAAAAUACAUAUUAUUUUGUACCAGUAAAGACUAUACCAGGCAUGUUGGGUGCUUGUGGAUUACCUAAUGAAUAAUUUAAAUGUUAACAUUGUUAGUUGUUGAGGGUCUUUAUGCAUUGGACUGUAAUGAAUUCUUGAUUUGAUCAGUUAGCUUAGGCCCUUCAUUUCAGUCAUUGAUCAGUUUGGCCUGCACAUCUAAUAGAAGCUUUUGAUUGGUUGGAAAUACAAAAUGUACACCAAUGAUAGAAGAACUAAAUUACCAAUUAGAAAACUAAAAUUUUUCUAAUAAUAGAGACAAUCGCUAGAAACCAAUCAUUAACUUACAAUUUUUUUGUUCUACUCCGACUCUAUACCAACUAGUGGGAAGAAGCUCAAAUAGAAACAUUCAUGAAAACAUUGGGGAAAUGUUUGAACUAAUGCUGGGGGACUUGUGUAUACACAUUGUACAGCCAGAGAAUGCUAUGUUAUUAUGUGAAUGACACAUCUUGAUGCAGUUUUUUAGGAUUUCCUUGUUAUAAUGCCUACAUCAGAAACAAAGAUCCUAUUUCCUGUUGUAAUAAUGCCAGGACUUUUUAGAAAUGUCUUUUAAGAAAUAAUCAAUUGACAUCUGCUACUCGUCCACUGUAUCCUGAGCUAGACAACAAAAUACUAUGACCAAAUGUUCAUGACCUUCAAAUGUUUAUAUAUUGUGCAAUUGUUGUCCUUCACCUGGCCUUUAGUCUGUUGGACGGUUGGGGCACCACAAAAGAUCUGUUGACCGUCCUCCAUUCCUCUCUGUCUUUUGCCUUUUAUAGAACCUCUUUCAAUGGCAGGCCCGUCCAUUCUUUUAUGUUCCCAUCAUUUUUUCUGUCUGCCUCUUCUUCCUUUUCCUGGUACUGUUCCCAUGAAUGAAGGUCUUUGCAAGCUCAGAAGACUUUGUAAUAUGGCUGUAGAGUUUUAGUUUGCAUUUCUUUUUACACUAGUUGGCAUGUCAUCAUGGGGUCUAAUUGCUGUAGUAACUCUGUCUCUAAUCUCUUCUUUUCUGAUGCAGUCUUUAAAUGUGAUUCCUAGGAUCCUCUAGCAUUUCAACUCCAUUGCUAGGAUUCUCCUCUCUAGCUCUGGAGUCAGCGUCCAAGACUCGCAAGCAUAUAAGAAUGUGGCCAUGACCAGGGAGCGCAUCAGUUUGACUGAUAUAUCAUUGAUUCUUAGCUAGUCAAAGAAAUUAUUUUUUAAGAUAUUGAGCUUUUCCAUGCAUGGCUAUCAUUUGCAAGUUUUCAGUUCUUUACAAUAACCUUCAUUAUUUCAAAACUUCCGAUUCUGCAGUCCACUGGUACUGGGUCCUCCUAUUUAUCCCAUGAGUGAUGCUUCAUUUUUGUUAUUUUUGUGUUGUCAUACAUUCACUUAUCAAUUGUAUAAUUACCUUGUUCUUCUCUAACUGGACAAAUACUUUUCAGUUGUAUUCAAAUGAUAUCAAAUGAAAGCCAAUUCACUUCGUUGGACACAUUUAAGGACUGCCUGCAACCAGUGAGCCCCAUAGUUGACAUACCUGCUCUUCAUCCUUGAAACCAUUUGGAGCUAUACAUUAUUUUCAUCUGUUAUUGCAAUUGUUCAUAUAUAUACUAUCAAAUGAAUACACAUCAUUUGUAAUUAAAAUAUAGGUAAAAUAUAGUCCUUAACUAUGGUGGAUGUUUUAAAGGGACAUAAUUUCAUUUAUGUUUUUGGGAGGGAGGAAAUACAAUUAAUUCCCUUUUGUUGUAUGAAACAUUGUCAUUAAUAGCAAAGAAUGUCCUAUUCCCUGACUAUAAAGUAUACACACAUUCAUUUCUUUUGUUUGAUUCUUGAGUUUGAAACAACAUUAUCCAUGUUAGCUUGAAACCAGUGACUUUUGUUUUACUUAUGAAUCAUGUUUGUUGCUGAAAUUUUGGUACUAAGUUAUGGACAUUUUUGUACCUGAUUAUUUUGUUGAAUACCCAUGUAGAGCAGAAGUAGCAGUGAGACAACUUUUCUGGUUUGUAUCCAAAGGUUACCUAGAUACUACUUAGUCAACUAUUACCUAGAUACUACUUAGUCAACUAUUACCUAGAUACUACUUAGUCAACUAUUGGUCAUAGGAACAAGUAAAUAGUAGGCUUAAAGCUUGGUCUAGAUCAUAAGUUCAUGUAUACACAGAACUCAUGCACCAUUACCCCAAUGACUGUUGGAAAUGAUUUUGAUCUUCUCUGACAUUUGGAUGUGAGUAUAAAUCAGGAUCAAUAAGAGAUGAGUACAAAACUGUUUUAGGUCCAUUAUACACAGAUCUUACUUCAUACACGAUGUUUCCUCCACAUUUAAAACUUUUUUUUUUACUUUAAAUAAUGAGAUCUAUGUUUAAGUUUUUCAUGUAAACUUGUAAACCUUUGGCUGGGUUUCUAUCUGGUCGACUUGUUAAUACUUUAUGAUGCCAACUGUAAACAUUUCUCCACAGACUGUAACAUAGACUGCAAUAUGUACAAUACUAUGCUGAGCAGCCACAUUUUUUUUUAUUCUUUGGUUUGGAUUGAACUGAUUAUUUGUAAAUAACUUUCUUUUGUUUUCAGUUCUCUGUAUAGUCUCUUGUCCUAUGACUAGUUUGUUUCUUACUGCUGAGCAGCAUGAGUCCAGCACUAUGCAGUUUACUUUAAUACCUUCAAGUUGAUACUUUCUUUGGAAUCUGAUGUUUGAACUUUUAUGCUUAUACAAUGUUGGUGUUGUUUUGAAUUACAUUGUUUAUUUAUAUAAAACAGCUUCUUUACAUAACACCAAAAUGAAUCUAUAGUAGUUGAAACAACAGAUUUUUAUUCUAGAAAUAGUAGGCAUUUCAUCUUUUGCACACAUUUUCUUAUGUGCAUUUUUUAUUGCACCAAAUGUCUAAUAUUUGUACUGUAAAAAAAAAUUUAAGAACAAAAUUUUGUUUUUGUAAAAUUACAAUGGGUUUUUGCCACACAAAUGUUAUUACACAAGAGUCUACACAAGAAAAAACCCAUAAACCACUUUUUAGACAUUUAACAUUCACUUAACUGGGAAUAUUCAAAAAUACUUCAACUAUUGUAUAUGUCAUCAUGUCUAAUGUAUUUUAGAACAUGAUACUAUUGAGUGUUAUUAUAAAGAACACUAAUUAUGUUUUUAAUGUAAACCACAUUAUGUUCAAUGAACUACUGCUACACAUUACAUCACUGCUAUUUUCUCUUGUGUUAGUGUGCCAUAUAUAUAUAUAUACACUUUAUGUCUUAUAUAUUCCUAGAUAUUUUAAUAAAUAUAUAUAUGCAGCAUGUUAAGUUUUUGCUAUUUGAAGACAAGUAAUACUAAAUGUAACUCAUUUUGUACCAAAAAAUGUAAGGAUGGCUCUUAAGAUGGACUGGGAAUUUGUCUAGUUUUGACUUGUUAGUGUCAAAAAGUUUGGUUAUGAUCAAUAUAUUCGGUCAGAUUUCAAGAAGUAUCUACUGUGUAUAAAGUAGCUUGGCUUUAGAACUGACUUUGAUUCUUUUUAAAAUUGAUUCAGGUAGAGAAUUUUAUUGUAUUAAUUAUUAGAGCUCCAUUUGUUUUCACAAACAUUCAAACCAAUAGAUUGCUACAGAUCUGACAAAGCUAUUAGCUAACUAAAAGACAACACCGAGAGACAUUGACAAACACUGAGAGACAUUGACAAACACCGAGAGACAUUGACAAACACUGAGAGACAUUGACAAACACCGAGAGACAUUGACAAACACUGAGAGACAUUGACAAACACAGAGAGACAUUGACAAACACUGAGAGACAUUGACAAACACCGAGAGACAUUGACAAACACUGAGAGACAUUGACAAACACCGAGAGACAUUGACAAACACAGAGAGACAUUGACAAACACAGAGAGACAUUGACAAACACAGAGAGACAUUGACAAACACUGAGAGACAUUGACAAACACUGAGAGACAACAUUGACAAACACCGAGAGACAUUGACAAACACCGAGAGACAUUGACAAACACUGAGAGACAUUGACAAACACCGAGAGACAUUGACAAACAUGGGCCAGAGAGACAAUAAAUCAUGCCUGGAUUUUCUCUGAAUGUGUUUAGGUAUCAAGUUGUCAUUGUUCAUAGGUUCUGCUGUUUAAGUCAAGAGCUCAUACACAAAUAAAGCAAAUAUUACAGACUAUUCCAGUUUGAUGGAGUACAAAACAUUCUUCAAGUAUUUCUCAUUGGAUCAAUUCAUGUUUCUUGUAUAUUUGUUAGACUUUCAAAAUCUGCUAGGAACAUUAUUUGCUAAAAAGAAAAUCUCAUGAAGAUUCUUUUUAAAAAAUUUGAAAUGAAAUUUAGCUCAGAAUCAAAGAAAAAUUGCUACAAUAAUGAAACUCAAAGAUUUGUUUAUUAAUUUCUUUUUUUUUUGUCUUUUAAAAAGUAACUGUUCACUGAAUAUUAAGAUAUUGUUAAAUUCAAGUUUAGAAAUAUCAUAUGUCUGUUUUUAAACUGUUUGUAUUUAUUCCAAAUGUUUAUUUAAACCAUUCCCAUCUCUUGUUGGGCAGAUUGUGGCCUGGGUACAUUGAAGUUACAUUGGAAGACAAUUGUUUGUAUAACCUCUAAUCCAAUCCAACAUUCUGUUGUCAAACUGUGUUCAUGUUUGUCUUGUGUUCAUUUGGUUUCAAUGUUUUGUUGUUUUUCUAAUACAAAGUUUGUCAGAUGAAAAUAAAAUGUUUCCAUCUCCUCUAAGGACA